UGCUGUCUCCGUGGACGCCUCAUCCCUCUGUGUGCUGAUGUCUCCGGGGUCCUUCAAGGUCCAUUUGUCUUUCUCUGCAGUUUUCAUCAGAGGCUGUAGGACAGCAGCAAGUUCCUGACAGAUUGAUGUCAGAGCACAUCUGGAAACAACACCUGAGUUUUGCAAAGACGUCCCACAGAUGCUCUGGAAGCUCUUAAGGUGACUCAAAUGGAAACUUUUUGGAAGAGAUGCUGCAUGUUUAAAAAUGCUUAAGGAGACACUCACUUGAAGUGUGAAGAUUGUUUCAGCCUCAUCAGUGAACAAUGGGUGAGUCCGAAAUCAGGAUUUCUACAAUGACCCUGUGAAUCAUGGAGGAAAACCGCUCAUAUGUGAUCCCAGAGGACAGUGAUGGUGGUGCUGUUUGGGCCACAAUGCCCUCCAUUCCCAGUAGACACCUGGGCACGGUUCCCAACACAGAGACAUGCUUCAGGGACCUAACAGGGAUGUUUUUCAUGGUGUCCUUGAACGUUCUGGCACUUCUAGCCAACACUGCUGUUCUGGUAGUCAUCAUAAAAGCCCCUCACCUCAGGAAGUUUACCUUUGUGUGCCAUCUGUGCGCAGUGGACCUGUUGUGUGCUCUUUUCCUUAUGCCGUUUGGUAUUGUGUGUAGCUCUGUUUACUUCUCUGGUGUGAUGUUCACUGUGCUGGAGUGCCAGGUUUACAACUUCCUCAACGUAGUCCUCAUCGCAGCGUCCAUCUUCACCAUCACGGCCAUCAGCGUGGAGCGUUACUACUACAUCGUCCACCCCAUGCGCUAUGAGGUCAAGAUGACGCUCAAGCUGACCGCGGUUGUCAUGAUGAUGGUGUGGCUGUUAGCUGCUGGUCUGGGGCUGUGCACUGUGAUUGGCUGGCCGCCCUAUGGGAGCCUGAGCUCCAUUAGUGCUGCACACUGCUCACUACAUUGGAGCCACGGGGGCCACAAGCACGUUUUCUCUGCCAUCUUCUGCAUCGUCUGCUUCUGUUUGCCUGCACUGGUGAUUUUUGCCAUGUACUGUAGCGUGUACAAAGUGGCACGUGUAGCAGCCUGCCAACGUGGACCUCUGCCUUCGUGGUCAAACAGUCAGCUGAAGCACCGCUCUGACUCAAUAAACAGUCAAACUACCAUCAUCACAACCCGCAACACGCCGUGCAGAAUUACACGAGAGCGCUUUUUUGGUGGUGAUAAAGCUGCGCUCACUCUGGUAGUUAUUGUUGGUCAGUUUCUGAUCUGCUGGUUGCCUUACUUUGCCUUCUACCUCCACCUGACACUGGAUCCAACACCCGAACUUUCCGAUGAUUUGUGGAAAGUAAUCACCUGGCUGGCGUAUUCCUCAUUUGCUGUUAAUCCAUUUUUCUACGGGCUUCUUAACCGGCAGAUCAGGGAGGAGCUUUGCAAGCUGAGAUGCUGCAAUUCAGCUCGGCCUGUGGAGAUGCCUAUCUCCAGCCACGAGGGACAGGAGAACUUUCUCCAGUUUCUCCAUCGGACAAGCUGCACAGUGGAGACCCAUAUGAGCUGUGCCACAUCCACCACUCAAAACGCUCUGGAUCAAACAGGGAUUCCAGGGCAGAUCCCAGAAGAGUUUAGCUAGCUGGACCUCACUGUUUAUUAUUAUUAUGAACCAGGAGUACCUCAAAAGGAUGAAGAACAGCUGACAGGGAACAACUGUCCACAACAGGGGUCACCAACCCUGCUCCUGGAGAUCACUAACCAUGCAUGUUUUCCAACUCUACCUGGUCCACCUACUGCUAAUAAACUAAAUCAGGUGUACCCAGACAAUCAAGAGGGAGGAAACACCAGACUUAACAAAUGAGAAGAGAUUAAAGCUGGUGGACAUGGGCUGUGUCCCAACUCAGCAGCUCCACACUUCUAAGGCUGUAAUCGUCGGCCGUUUGUGGCAUAAGCGGCGAGACUCAACUGUCCCAUUUGAAAGGCUGCAGGUGAAGUGGCCAACGUGUGCAGCCUUG